CUGACGAUGCGAGAGAUCGCAGCCUCAUCGUCAGCGAAAGCUAGUCAAUCUCCUCCAUUACCUUCAACGAUGAACCUUCCCUUGCUCUCCGCCUUCCUCGCCUUCUCCGUUGCUCAAUUUCUCAAGAUCUUCACCACCUGUGGGUGGAAGAUGAGGGGGCCUGGUUGUUGAUUUGACAGGGUUAUACGCUAUUUGGAGUCAAAGCUUCUCCUUUGCUUGGUUUCUUGGUUGCUAGAUUAUAUGCUUAUUAGGAUGCGUUUUGAUGGAUGAGUUAGGCAUUUGGCUUUGCUUAAUGGUCGAAGCUUGGAUUUGGAAAAUGAUAUUUUUGUCGACCAGGCCCACCCACAGUUCGUAUGUAUCAUGUUGGGAAUAACUCAAAGUCAUGUUUUCCUCAUUCCCAUGCGUAAAAUUAAUCAACGAGCAGGAAAUCAGUGGCACCCGAAGGAGCAAAGGGCUUCUUAGGGUUUGGCGUCUCAAAGCUCAUAUCUUCGCCUGAUGAAGAGCAAUCAGACAUGCAGGUUUAAAGAGAAAAGGUGGGACUCUAGGAGGUUGCUUGGGUCGGGUGGGAUGCCUUCAUCCCAUUCCGCAACUGUGGUUGCUCUUGCAACAGCAAUAGGUUUGCAGGAAGGCACAGCUGGAUCUUCAUUUGCUCUUGCAAUCGUUUUGGCAUCUGUUGUAAUGUAUGAUGCAUCUGGGAUAAGACUACAUGCAGGUCGGCAAGCUGAGUUGUUGAACCAAAUAGUUUGCGAGCUGCCACCAGAACAUCCUUUAUCUAGCAUAAGGCCCUUACGUGAGCUGCUUGGACACACUCCACUUCAGGUAGUAGCAGGUGCCAUCCUUGGCGUCCUGGUUUCCUAUCUUCUGAGGAACUCUUAAAGAGGCAAUGUUCUUCUUCUUCAAAGGAGUUGUGGAAAUAGAUUUGCCACCAUCGUUGUAAUCGCUUUUCUUCUGUUAAAUUGCUCAUUAUGGCUCCAUUCCCUUUACAUCACAAAAAAAAAUAUGCAUUCUGGAACUGUUCUUCUGAUUGUGUAAAUCAGAUGCAACAUGUAAAGCCAUUUGCUCCUUGUGCUAAAAUUGUUUAAUGUUGGCUUUAAUUUGUUAAGUUAUUUAAAAAAAAAAAUUAGCAAACAGCUCUU